AAGGGAGCUCGUUUCCCACAGCCCAUCCAUGCGACGUUUACGGGAAUUCAAAUCUCCAAUAUUUGUGUUUUUGCUUGUCGUGACAGCCGUUUAUUACUCAGCCUUCUCCAUCACCUAACAUCUCUUCAAAAACAGAAAAUAUGGCAGACCAGGCCCCCUCAGUUGCCAAGGAGGCCGUCCUGAAGCCUAGCUGCGACCUCCCCGAGGACAUGCCGAAAAUCAGAGGCUAUGACUUCAACCAGGGGGUCGAUCUCCAUGCAGUGCUGAAGUCCUACCUCACCACGGGCUUCCAGGCCAGCAGCUUAGCCUUGGCUAUCCAGGAGAUCAACACCAUGAUAGAGAAGCGUCUUGAACCAGUCGAGGAAGAUGAAGGAAAUGAAUCCGGGGAAACCUCAAAGUCGGGCUGCACCAUCUUCCUGGGAUACACUUCCAACCUCAUCAGCUCCGGAGUCAGAGAAAGCAUCCGCUAUUUGGCACAGCACAAAAUGGUGGAUGUGAUUGUAACCACAGCUGGAGGCAUUGAGGAAGAUUUAAUCAAGUGCCUGGCUCACACCUACCUGGGAGACUUUAGCUUGCCCGGCAAGGAGCUCCGCCUGAGAGGCAUCAACAGAAUAGGUAAUCUGGUGGUGCCCAAUGAUAACUACUGUAAAUUUGAAGACUGGCUGAUGCCCAUCCUAGACCAGAUGUUGCUGGAGCAGAACACAGAGGGCACCCGCUGGACUCCCUCCAAAAUGAUCCACCGACUUGGCAAGGAGAUAAAUAAUACAGACUCUGUCUAUUACUGGGCGUACAAGAAUAACAUCCCAGUGUUCAGUCCGGCUCUAACAGAUGGCUCUCUGGGCGACAUGAUUUACUUCCACUCAUAUAAGAACCCUGGCUUGGUUCUGGACAUCGUAGAAGAUAUUCGCAGGUUGAACAGCCAGGCAGUUUUUGCCAAGAGGACGGGGAUGAUCAUCCUGGGAGGAGGGCUGGUCAAACAUCAUAUAGCCAACGCGAAUCUUAUGAGAAAUGGAGCUGACUAUGUGGUGUAUGUGAACACGGGGCAGGAGUUUGACGGCUCUGACUCUGGGGCCAGACCUGAUGAGGCUGUGUCUUGGGGCAAAAUCAGAACAGAUGCCAAACCUGUUAAGGUGUAUGCCGACGCCUCUCUGGUCUUCCCCCUGAUUGUGGCUGAGACCUUCGCUCAACACGCCGACAAGCUGGCUGCCGGCAAGAAGACAGAUUAACUGGUGGUGGGCUUAAAUGCUCUGUUCAAAACCAUUUAUUCCUCUGGUUUAUUCCUUUGUUUGUCAAGCUGAGCACUCUGAUCUCGGGAACCGCUCUGUUGAAAAGUUAAAUUGCAUGGUGCGAUACAUACGGUGAUGUGACUGAAUGACUUAUUGAAUGGGAAACAAUGGUGACAGUUCCCUGUUUUAAUGCUUUUCCAGUGUUUACUUGUUUGAACAAGUACAGCAAUUUUUUUCUUACUGUUCAGACAGCUGAAACUCCAUGGGUAUCGUCCUUUUGCAUGCACCAAAGAGACUGUCUAUAAUGCAUCAGGUUUUAGUUGGUGUGUGUGUGUGUGUGUGUGUGUGUGUGUGUGUGUGUGUGUGUGUGUGUAUGAGCAUGCGAGUACACAUGCACUUACGAGACUGUGUGACAUAGCCAAGAGUUUUAAUUUAUUUCAGUUUAGUUGUGGCGUGACACACAGUGCGUCUCUGUGAUAAUUCUUUUUGCCUGUUGUAUUAACCAAACCUUUACUUUACAGUCACUGUUACAGGAUGAAAGAUGUCCCUGUAUAUCUUAAUAAACCAUGAAGUCAUAAUUUCUGUCUGUGU